AUGGACAGCUCUCCCGCCUCGCCUUUGGCCCCCAGGGAUCCCAGCUCCCCUGAAUCUUCGAUCGGCGAACAAAUCGCCACUCUACAGGCCCAGCUUGCCGCUCUGCAGGCCUCGCAACCCGCCGCCGCCGCAGCCGCCGCACCCCCGGCCGUCACCGUCGUGCCGGGGAACGCCGCCACCGCAUCCAAGGUCGUGUUUCCCAAGCACGCUCGUCUGGACGGCCCCAAGUCGUUCACCAACUGGUUGCGUCAACUCCGUCUUGCACUCCCGAACCAGGUUCGUGGUUACGUUCUCGACGGUGUCGUUCCCCCGACCUGGACCGCCGACCAGCUUGCCGCACGUGACGACGCCGCCCGGGAAAUCAUCGUUGGCUCUAUCGACUCCGCCGACGUAUCGGCCACCCUCGACGCCAUCCCCAGCGACGACCUGUCGGCACCGCGCAUCUUUGCCGCUCUCAAGGCUCGUUUUGCACCGGACGACGCUACACGCACUCUCGAGUUGUUCGCUCGCCUUUGGGACUUCAGGAAGAUGCCUGCCUCCGUCGAGGCCUACGACACUUGGCUACGCGAGUACAUGUCGAUUGCUCAGGAAAUACGCGACGCCAAAACAUCGCUCAACGACGUGCUCGCCACCCACGUGCUCGCCAUGGUCCCGUCUUGCCUCGACAGCUUCCGACUCACGUUCACGGACGAGCAGCGAAACCGACGCGACCUUCCCGAACUCACGACGCUUACGGACCGCAUUCGCAUCCAGCUUCGUUCGGCAGGACUCUCGACCUCGCAUUCGGCCAUGCUUGCCACCAGCUCCCCCUGCCCCGCCUGCCGCGCUCCCGGUCACCGCCUGCGCGACUGCACUUCACGUGCGAAGCACCCGCCCACCGGCCCCUGCCGCCGAUGCCACAAGAAAGGUCACUGGGCACUCGACUGCAAGAACCGGGGUGAACAGGCACGUAGCAGCGACGACACCCAGGACGACACGUCUUCCUCCGCGGCCUCGCAACCGAACGUCGGCUAUUUCGCCUCCUGCCUCUUCGCUCGUCGCCAACUCCCAACUGACGCCUUUGUAGUCGAUUCGGGUGCCACGACACACAUGGUCGCCGACCGAUCUCUAUUCACGACUUAUCGUCAGACGGCACACACCAAGAUCGGCGGCAUCGCGGGCGGCAUCACGGCUAUCGGCAUGGGGGACGUGGCAUUCGUCGCCAAGACUGGACACCCGAUCACGCUCCGUGGUGUUCUUCACACGCCUGGCCUACACGUCAACCUCCUCUCUGUCUCUCGCCUCUGCGACACCGACCGCGUUCGUCUCGCCUUCACCAGCGACGGCAUCGACAUCGCCAAGGACGGCCGGGCCAUUGCUUGUGAAGAGUCCACUCUCAGCUCGACAGGGGCGCCUCGGUCGUUGCGCGCGCCUGCUAGCCUGGCCCCUGUGGUGGGGACUUAG